AUGAAAUACCUCAAUCUUCUUUUCCUCGCUUCCGCCGGUGCUUGGGCAUACCCCAAGCCUGGGAACUCGCCAGGAGCAUUGUACUUCCUGGACAGCAACCCUCAAGGGGCCUCAGUUGUAUCUUUUCCCAUGUCCGCAGAUGGUUCUCUGGGCAAACCCCUCAGAACCUCAACCGACGGACAAGGUCUCGUCGGCGUCAACGUCAACGGCUCCGUUGCAGUCGAUCCAUUGUUUUCUCAAGGUUCAGUCAUCGUCGAUGGGAACUACCUUUUCACAGUCAAUGCAGGCUCCAACACUCUAGCAUCCUUCCAAAUCCCAAAGGACGAUCCAUCCCACCCUGUCCUCAUGGGCCAGCCAGUUGAUACUGUCGGCACUACCCCCAACACAGUUGCCUACUCCCGCAAACACAACAUCGCCUGCGUCGCCAAUACGGGAACCAAACCUGGAGUCCAAUGCUUCAGUGUCUCCAGCUCCAACGGUAUCAAGCCAGUCGGCGGACUCAGACCCCUUCCGAUCAUGAGUCAAACAAACCCCAUCACUGGAGUACCCAAUACUGCUUCGAACAUCCUCUUCAAUCCCUCCGAGACCGCUCUUUUCGUUGCUAUCAAGGGUGAUGGUAUGACUUCUGGUUACAUCUAUGCUUACAAAGUGGAGAACGGCAUUGUUAGCGAAGAAGCUGUCGAGUCUCAACCCGAGAACCUUCCACUUCCUUUCGCCAUUAGUUUCGUGGACGAUAAUUCUGCUGUCGUUGCCACCCCCGCUUACGGUGGUGCAUUUGUGUCUAUUGCCCAGGAUCUUAGUAUUACCACCAACGCUAUUGUAAACGUCACCGGACAAAUGGCAACUUGCUGGACUGCCAAGUCUACCGACACUGGAUCUAUCUACCUACUCGACGGUGGUGUGCCAGAUGUUUAUGCAGUUAGUACUGAGACUAAGGCUCUUAGCCGUGCUCUUCCCGGCUACGAGCAAGGCAUGGGAAGUUUCGAUGGCACCAUCGUGGGAUCCAAACUGUAUGCACUUCAGGCUGCUCCUGCUGUUGCGAUUUUUGACCUUGAAGAUCCUUCUUGUGGUCCGGAGGUUGUUGAUUUGAACGGAUUUGGUAAUCGCUCGUCCUGGACUGCCAGCGCGAGCGUGACAGCGAAGGAUGCCACAGGCCCAUGGCUUAGGAUCCGCAACUACAAGCCCAAAGCAACGAACACUUCUGGUGAAGAUGCACCUGGAUAUGGUUUCUUCCGUCUCUCACGGCAACCUUCUUCAACGCCCACUGAGCGCCUCGGAUCUUACCUCAUCUCCCAAUCUUCCAAAUCCCCAGACUUGAUCGUCAAUCUGGCAUAUCUCAAGCAUCUCCCUCAGCGCCUGAGCGAAAGUCCGGUCUUGGUAAGCUGUCUCAAUGUUUUCUGCAACUCAUGGUCGAAUUAUCAACGCGGUCUUCCUCCGGCACAACUCAUCGAUGCAAGGCUAUAUGGUUUGGCUUUGAGAAGUUUGCAUGCUGCACUGAAUGGACCAGCACAGCUCCGUGUUGAGACUUUGACCGCGAUGGCGAUUUUACAAAAGAUUGAGUUGCUGUUUGAUGUGGAGAGGGGAAAUCAUCAAACGAUUCAUUCAGGCGGCAUGAUCCCGCUCAUGAUUAAGAAGGGACCGCCGAGUUUGGAUGAUCCUCUUGAUAUGCACUUGGCGCACGAAGCUCAAGUCACGUUGGCUGUGCAUUGGCUGGUUCAUCGCGGUGAUAACUUCAUGUUGCGCUCGCCGUGGAUUGAACGCCUGCAAGAAGGGACUCAGAGGCUAGGCCUUGAAGAUAACAAGUUCGACCUCAAUCUGUCCUCAUUCGUCGUGGAUGUCGCAAUCGGUCGAUGGCCAGAGUUCCUCCAUGAGAUGAAUGACGUUCAUUCCAACGAAGACCCCAUCGCAGCUCAAAGCCAUGCAAAAAGCCUCCAAGCACGUCUCAAACACCACUUUGAUCAGGUCUACAGAUUGACAGCCCCAACAUUAAAAAAAGCAACAGAGCAACGCAUCAUACGAGACGUCCCGGGCGGUGACACACCCAACGGCUUUGCAUACGAAUUCGCCACCUCUAAAGCCUUCGACCUAUCCUUUUCAUACUACACAGUAUGUCUCAUCCUCAAACUUAUGAUCCGCAGUCUGAACGUCUUUCAAAACAUCCAAGACGAAACAAUAUGGUCCGAGUACUGUUUGUACUGCUCACAAAUGACAAAAUACAUCCCGUAUCUGCGUCAGCAAGGCCAACUUGGCGCUGUAUUAUAUGUUACGUCAUUUUGUCUUGCUUUUGAAGGGGCUACAGAGACAGAGAGGGUAUACAUCCGGGAGUUUAUUCUCUGGACGGAUGAUUAUAGGCAGAGGUUUCCGCGUGGGCAACAAGAGGCUGAUGAGUACUUCUGCUAUGCUUCGAAGGCUAUGACUGGUCGUCAGAACUUUGUUUUGACCCCCAGAAAGGAUUUGCAUGAGUAG